AUGGAUGAUAGCGAUACAGACAAAGAAGAACAUGUUUCGGAACGUGAUGACAAUUCUGAGUACGAAUUAAGUGAUGGAAGUAAUGCCGAAAACAAAGCUGACAGUUCCACUGAGGCCUAUAUAGCUCAUCUAAAGAAGAAUGGAAAAGUUCUUGACUCAUGGAUUUGGAAAAAAAUCCAAACAAAAAAGUACACCCUUGAAGGAUGGGCACAAAUCAUAAGACUUGCACGCAAUAAGCCAUGCCCGUUUGAAGUAACAUACCUACUUCAUAACGACUUCUUAGAUUUCAACCAAGGAAAGGUAACAUUUGCACUAAAAAAUAAAUUAAAACCAAAGAACAAAAAGAAUAAUAUGAAAAAUAAAAUGAAACGAACAGAUUAUAUGUCUACCUCUGAUCCCAAAAGAUGUAGACUUCAAAGUAAUGCAAAUCCAGAAGAUUGGAGGAGAUGUAAAAAGUGA